GUCAAAUUUGGUUUAUUAUUUGUCACAAGUAACGGAAAAAAAAAAAGAUUGCGCCAGUUACGGCCGUCAGUCCGUGAUGCUUGGUGGGAGAGCUUGAGAAAAAUAAAAUUUCCACAGCUCAUUACAUAGCGGGGUCAUUUUCCAACCCCACUAACCCCUCGUUCUUUCUCAUUACACACGCCUAAUACUUGGGUACACAUGUACCUAUAAGUAUAGGGAGCCCCACCACUAAGAUAAACCUUCCAGGUUCUUUUUUUCUUAGCUUAACCCCACCUUGACUAAAGCAAUUGCCCCGACGAUAUAGAAACGCGUUCGAUGCUUCCUGUACGCGUCUUUCGAGCAUUACUAUCUUUAUUCCUUUCUUGAUUCGAUCCUAACCGUCGUUAUAUAUACGAGAAAUACAAUCAAUACUCCCAACUGACUUGUAAUCCAACACAAAAUGUAUGGCGACUUAGGAAUUAAGCUGGUUCAACACGCGAAAAGAACCCAGAACUUAGCGCAUCUACCGCCAUAUCAAACCGAACUAGUUCGUGCAGCAACCCGGGAAGUUCGUGAUCUAGAUAAAGACGUCACAGACCUCUUAGAGCCAUUCCAAGGGUCUUUCAAUCCAAAUGAUGAUCCGGCGACAGCAUGUACCCUACUUACGAACCAUAUAUCAAUGAGAUGGAAUAAACGUUGCCUUCUAGGCUAUCAUCGUACCCGGACCGAUAGGCUGGAAGAACUUGUUUGGAAAGGCUACGACGUAGUCGAUCUUGCUGGUCAACAGGUCAGGGAUGGCUCGGCCAAUGCCCCGGGUCCGGGAGCCGGCGAUGGUGGUACAAGCAGUCUAAGUCCGCAAGAGGAAGACUAUGUGCGACAAUACAGCGAUCUUUUAGCAGCUUACAAGGGUCAAUGGACAGAUAUUGACCUUACCGGCAGUCUUGAACCUCCUCGUGAUUUGUUCAUCGAUGUGCGGGUGUUAAAGGAUGCUGGAGAAAUUCAGACUGAAUAUGGUGCGAUUACACUCACCAAAAACAGUCAAUUCUAUGUUAGGCAGGGCGAUGUUGAGCGAUUGAUUGCUCAAGGAUAUCUCCAAAAGCUCAGCUGAAGGAAUAACAGGAACCAUCCCCAUCUAUUUAUGAUUUAUCACAGAGGUGUCCCGCUUCACCAGACCAUCCGAUGAAUCUAAACAGACGAUUCCGUACAAUUGCAGGAAUUUGGUCUGGGCGGUUCCUUAUACAUAUGUGGUUAGGCCACAGCACAGGGCUUCUCGGCGGCACAAGGUUGUUCCCCGGAAGCAUGUUUGCAUGUUGGGCGACUAGCGACAUACAUGUAUUCACCGACGUGGUUUUUAUGAAUUUGCG